AUGAAUCCUCAGCAGCCACCGUACGGCCAGCCUCCCCAAGGCGGCUACCCAGGCUACCAGUCUCACUCUCCGCAACCUGGACAGCAGCCUCCCCAAGGUCAAUAUCCCCCCCAAGGACCGCCCGGACAGUACCAGCAGCCGUACGGUCAGCCACCGCAGGGCCAGCCUCCCCAAGGACAGUACGCACCUCCUAGCCAGCCUCCGCCAGGCCAGUAUCCUCAGCAGCCUUACUCGCCUCAUCCCCCGCAGGGCUACCAGGGACAGCCGCCACCAUCCCAGCAGUAUGGACAGCCCUACGGCCAAUACCCCCCUCAGCCCUACGGACAGGCACCACCAGCCCCUGCGUCGCAAGGGUACGACCUCGCGCAGAAGCAGUUCACGCAGCAUGUAGACACGUCACCCGACGUCGAAGCCCUCCGCAAGGCCAUGAAGGGUAUGGGCUGUGACGAGCGUGCUCUGAUCAGAGUCCUCACAGGACCAAAAUAUUCAAAUCCGUGGACCAUGCAGCAGCUGGUGGACGACUACAACAAGCGCUUCAUCCGAGACUUGCUCAAAGACAUAAAGAGCGAGACGCGGGGCACCUUUGAGGACGCUCUCCUGGCGCUCAUCCGGGGUCCCCUUGAGAACGACGUCCGCACGCUGGACGCAGCCAUGGAUCGCGCGGGGACAGACGAAGUCGCCCUCGGGCUGAUGUUCUGCUGGGCCGCACCAACGCUGAUGCCCGCGCCAUCGCGGCGGAAAAUCAAGAGCGAGGUCAACGACACCCUCUUCCGCCUCUACAGCAUGGCUCUGAGCGGCGCCCGGGCCGAGCCAUCCGCGCCCGUCCACCCUGUCGAGAUCGACACCAAGGUCACCGAGCUGCACCAGGCCACCGAGGGCGUCAUAGGCGCCAACGCCAUCUCCGUCGCCCAGAUCCUGGCCACCUCCAACGACGCCCAGAUCCACGCCAUCAGCGAGGCCUACCAGCGCAAGUACCACCGCAACCUGCAGGACGUGAUCGAGAAGGAGUUUCGCGGCGAUACGGAGGAUGCCCUGCUGCACAUGCUGAUCAAGGCACGAGACAGGGCCAAGGCGGAUGCGGACUGGCUCCGGGCGCCACUGCUGCGUAAGCCGGGGGCCAAGGAGAAGCACUUUAUCUAUCGUAUUACUACGUUGUACUGGGACAGGUCACGUCUGGAGGCGGCCAAGGAGGCGUACCAGAGGGAGCACGGGAGGAAAUUGGUCACGGAUGUCAAGGCAUAUCUCGAUGGCGAUUAUGAAUAUCUGGUAGUGGCUCUAAUCGGCGGGAAGAACUAGAACAUGGGGCCUACGUUCCCCUUUAUUGCUUCCCCACACUGACGGAUCAAACUCGUGCCCUACUCUCGCAUCCCUAGCCAUCCU